GUUGAUGAUUAAGAAAAAUAAUCCCUUAAACAACGGAUUUUUGGGCAGUAGUUCCUUCCCCUCUCUCAUCUCUAUAAAGAAGGAAAGAAGUUUCAGUGAGAGAGAAAGUAGCAGAGAAAAACGAAAGAAUAAAGAACGACUUCUCUUUGAACAAUAAAAAGAAGAAAAAUAGUUAUUAGUGGGUGAUUUUCGUGGUGUUCCUUUCCUUCCUUCUACAGCACAUUUAUCAACCCAACCCCAUUAUAUUAACAACGGCUAGUUUUAAUGGUAUUAUUAUUAAGAGAUUAAUUCGACGGAACUCCUUGUUCUCUUUCACCUUCUUCUUCGUAGUCAUCUUCCUCUUCUUCUUCCUUGUUCAGUAGUUGCAGAUACUCAAUGGAUUAUCCUAAUGAUGACAAUGAGCUGUGUGAAUGGGAAGGUGCCGAUUUUUAUCUCCCUAAGGAUUCAAAUCCUGGCAUUUCUAAUUGCAUAUGGGAUGGAGUAGAUCAGAAUGAAGAUCAAUUUUCUUACAUGUUUGAAGAUUCAACCCCAAUUAAGGCGUGUGAAGACUUGCCUUACAGUGCUUCAGAUAGUGGAAGAAGUACGGAGAAAGAAGCGGUGAAUUAUAGAGAAGAUUAUCAUCCUCAAUUAAAGAGACGGCGAAUGCUACGAUUUGAUGCUCCAGACGACCCUUUCCUUUGCAAUGAACCAACGCCGUCACAAUUCAUAAAAGCAAAGGAUAGACAGGAGACAACGCUAGAAGCUGUACAUGAAAAAGUAACGUGGGAUUCAGGAUAUUCAGAAGAUAGAUCUGUGUCCUGCAAUGAGAGGUUGGAUCAGUCGUCUGACAUGUGGCUCUCCAAUUGCUUCAAUGACGGCUCAAUGCAUUUCGGUUCUGAGGACACGAACUUUUCUGGGGUUGGCGGAGACCAAAUUGAUGUUUCAGAGUAUUGCAACCUCCCACCUGAAACACAAUCUGACAUGGGGCAACAAUGUCCAACUCCGCCACCACAAAAGGUUUUUAAAGGUAGGAAAUCUCUCAUGCUAACUCCCACAAAGGUGACUUCCUCUGUUAUUUAUCCAUUUGCGCUCAUUAAACCCUGUGGAGUUCAUGGAGAUGUAACAUUGAAGGAUAUAAACAAGAAGAUUCUAACUCCACCCCCAAAAUCAAAGCAUGGCAAGGAUGAAGAACUGUCUCCUCCAUAUCCUACUUCAGCUUUUUCAGGAAAGCCUGUCGUUGUCAAAACUAAGAUACAUACUGAAGGAGGGAAAGGCAGCAUAACAAUCAUGAGAACCAAAGGUUGAUGAUAAAUCUCUCUCUCCGACAUUCUUAAAUUUUGUGCGGUUUCUAUAGUUAAUAUCUUGUUUUUAUAAUGGAAGCUUUUUUUCGGGAUUCAUUCAAAACUUGAUGCAUACAGUCAUGUUUUAUAUAUAGUAUGACCUCAUUGCAAGCUUGAAAUGAGGAUCUUUUGAUGUCUCAGAGAUCCUCCUAUGCUGCUCUUUUUUGGCCUCA